CACAUCUCCUUCAGAAAGUGAGCACUGACAAAAAAGCAGCAGGAAACAGGAAACGUUCAGACUCCUAUGAGGUUGGAGCCCCACACAGCAUCAUGCCUGAGAGGGGCCAAGGUAACUUGAAGACUCCCGGCGUCCUCCUCGUCUUCUCCCUGCUGCUUGGGAAGCCCUUGGGGGCUCCUAUGUAUGAAGAAGAUGAAGGGUCCGGAGUAGGGCCAGCCUUAGAAGAAGAAAUGGUCAUGGUGGGCAUGUUGCCAGAACAGUCCUCUACCAUAGAACAAUGGCAAGGCCAUACCCCCACAGAAGGAGAUUCCCAACUUCCAGCCACAACUCCCUCACCACUGUCAGAGGAGGAAGCUGGGGUGAGCCUGGAGCUUCUGCUGAUGGUAGGGAUCCCAGUGGUGUUACUGCUCCUGCUAUGUUUGCUGGUGGUGUUCCUCAUCAGAUACAAUAAAAGAAGAAAAUCCAAGCCAGUGCCUUCAAGUCAUGGAUCUCAAAGUGUUUUACAGUCAUAUGAACUAGGCAGUGAAAAUGUCAAAAGCCCUAUUUUUGAAGAAGAUACACCUUCUGUCAUGGAAAUAGAAAUGGAAGAGCUAGAUAAAUGGAUGAACAGCAUAAACAGAAAUGCUGAAUCAGAAUGUCUACCCACAGUCAAGGAAGAAGAGAAGGAGUCAAAUCACAACCCAAGUGACGCUGAAUCCUGAAGUUGAAUGGUGGCUGUGGUUUUCCAAGAAGAAUAGCCCACAAGGGAGUCUGUAAAGCCUGCCAACAGAGGAUGAAGUGGAUAAGAAUUUAAUUAAUUCCAAAUAACUAUAGACACAAGGAUAUUUCCCUUUCCCUUGCUGCACCACUCUUCAUAAUGCUACUGAUAUCACCUAGACUGGAGGGAUGUACAAAGACAGACAUCCUGGAAACAUGCUCUGGCUUCAGUCCACAAAUCCUCAACAUCCCCUGGUGUGGAACUCUGCAGCCUGUUGAUGCUCCUUCCUCCUCCUCAAACUUCCAUUGACUGUGGCGAAUGAUUCUACCUCACUGUUCUCAUCUGUGGGAAAUCCUUGUUACCUUUCUUAGUUCUUCAUGGGCUGGAAUCCCUUCCUUGGUUCUCUACAUAUUGAUGAGUCCCUUUGGGUAAUCUUGCCUCUAUUGUUUUAUACAUGUCCAUAGACCAUAUAAUUCAGAUGGUAGAUAAGGCUUCAAUCAAUAGGUCAAUUGUGCCAUGGAAAUGGCUCCAGACAAAAUCCAUGUUUUAAUUUAAGACAUACUCUCAGGAGGGACUGAUAAAACUGUCUGUAUUUCAUGGGUUAUUUCAUAACCCUACUGAAGUGCAGGGUGACUUGUAUCCUAUCAUGACCAGAUGUAACCAAGUUCCCUUAAACAGUCCUUGGGAAUUCAGGAAGGAGUUUGCCAUUUUAACACUUCUUUUCAUGCUGAGCUUCCCCUCAAAGCAGAAAUCACCUUUAACUUUGACCAGCCUUCUCCCCUAACUCAGGAAGGUUCUUAAGGCAUGGCUCACUCUUGGGGUUUGUAUUGGUGGGGAGGAGGAGGGGGAAGAGGGGAAGGAAAAAGCUUGUGAGGCAUAACUUAAUGAAUUUGUCCCUUUUGACAAGCAAAGAGGAUAAAGGACUGAGAGCCAACUUUGUUACUUACAUGCUUAUGAAAGGAAGGAAGGAAGGGAAGAAAGAAAGGAAGGAAGGAAGGGAAGAAAGAAAGGAAGGAAGGAGGGAAGGAAGGGAAGGAAGGAAGGAGGGAAGGAAGGAAGGAAGGAAGGAGGGAAGGAAGGGAAGGAAGGAAGGAGGGAAGGAAGGAAGGAAGGAAGGAAGGAAGGAAGGAAGGAAGGAAGGAAGGAAGGAAGGAAGGAAGGAAGGAAGAGAGAGAGGGAAUGAGGGAGGGGGCAUCCUCCUUUUAACCCUUAAUCAAAAUUUCAUUCUAACCUUGACCCUCCAGGCAGUCAUGUAAUCUGCCACUUUCCUAGGACAUGUAAUAAUUUAUUUGAGGCAAGUCAUGAUGAAUGAUCGUUUUCAGCAUUUUGCCAUCUCUGCAUCUCCCGAGGGGUUGGUGGGCUGGGCAAACAUUCUUGUGGGCUGCUGGAGUUGUUUGUAAGGCAGCCUUAAGGUAUAGUAAGGCAGCUGCCCCCUUUUCAUUGCCCACACAAGUACUUGCAUUCCUAACUAUGCUGAGAACUUGAAGGCAGAGUUCCAACCCCGUGGUGUCUUAUCUGCUUGCAUGCCAGGAGGUUAAUAAUCCUUUUCUGUCUCCACUCACCAGGGAAUACAUUUCUAGUGUAAUUGUUUUCCCCUCUCUUGAAGCUGAAUCCCCAAGUCCAGAUUGGUAUUUUUUUUUCCUUCCUGACUGCUCGACCAUUUCCAAUGUAUUCAGCCUGCUAUUGUGAGGAUCUUUUGGAUGACAGCUACAAAAGCAUUCAAAAACUCUGUCUUGGAUUUUUGAAGAAAAAGCUUUUUUCGGUAAGGGUAGAAACUCCUAGACAUAGACUCUAGAUCCGGGAUUUCAUUGGUAUAAAGGAGUCCUAGAUGAGGAAAUCCUCCACCAGUACCAGAUAGUACCCUCUCUACCACCUAUAGCCUUAGAGAAUUGCCUAGAAUAUUGAGAGAUUGUGUGCUUUGCCCACAGUCACAUAGUUGAUACUGAAAGAUCCACCUGUGUUCUAAAGAUGAUCUAGAACAUAUGUGUCAUUUCAGACUUGGAGGAAAACCAUCUUGGUGACCUCUCAACCUUCUGAAAAAUCCCCUUUUCAACUUGGUCCAUUUGCCACCUUCCCAGGUCACUGGUGAUGUUCUAAGACAAUCUUGAUGUUCUAAGAUACACAGUCUUCCUUCCAGUCCUGAAGAGUCUUCUGUUCUUUUUCAGUCCCUCCAUAGACAGAGAGAUUCCAGAAUGGCAGUUCUUUGCCAUGAGGUUCUAAAUGGACAUUCAAUCUGAGAUUGGAUUUAGGAAGCAGUACCUGCUGGAUCCACUUUAAGAAGAGAAGAAGCCCGAGGUGGUUCAGGAAUUGGGACCAAAGGAAUAUUAUCCUGGACUUCCAUUUGUUUUGAACAGAGCUUGUCUUGAUGGUUUAAGUCAUAGGAUCAUGGAUCUGGAUCAGGCAAGGACUUAAGAAGCCAUCCAACCCAACCUCUUCUUGUUAUGGUUGAGGAAACAGAAGCCUAGGAGGUACCUUGCUCAAGGUCAGGCCAGUCAUAGUCAUCAGAGGUGGGCUUUGAACCUAAACACUCAGCCCCCUAAAGCAGGCUCUUUCUGCAGUCUUUAGAGAAUUCAUUCAAUAACCUUCUCCCUUCUCCUUUCCGCUUAGCUAUGCUGACAUUUCCUUUUCUUUACAUUCCAUAUCCUCAUCAGAAAAUAACAGAACUGAAAGCCUAGGUCUGUGGUCAGCCUACCUCCUACUUAGUAAGUAGGCCGAACAAGUUCUCAGGAGGCCACAUCAUUUGGUGGAGCUCCCAGCUGGAGGGGAUUUCUCUGGAGAUCAGCAUGGGCAGGGAAUAACUAGAAUUAACAAAUGGUUAUCACUUCUCACUUUUUCCCCCCGGGGGCGGGGGGAAACCUCAGGGUCACUAGCUGUCCAAUUAUUUUGGGUUAUGUCCAACUCUUUGUGACCAUAUUUGGGGUUAUUUUUUAUCUCCCCUUUUUUAUAAAAAAAAACCCAUACCCUCAAUCUUAGAAUAUAUACUAUGUAUCAGUAAAGGUUAGGCAGCUAGGGUUAAGUGACUUAUCUAGUGACAUCCCAUUUCCAGGUCUAGCACUCUGACCACUGAGCAACCUCAGUGUCCCUUUUUGGCAAAAAUACUAGAGUGAUUGGCAUUUCCUUCUCCAGCUCAUUUUACAGAUGGGGAAACUGAGGCAAAUAUGGUAAGUGCCUUGCCCAAAUCCACAGAGCUAGUCAGUGUCUGAGGCCAGAUUUGAAUUCAGGAAGAUGAGUCUGUCUUCCUGAUUCCUGUCCCUGGCUGAAUAGGCAAAUAUCCAAAUUCUUUCUUUGGUAGUUCAAGCUGUUAUAAUGCCCAUUGGAUUGAGAGUCAGGCCUAGAGACAGGAGGUCUUAGGUUCAAAUAUGACCUCAGACACUUCCUAGUUCUGUGACCCCAAGCAAGUCACUUCACCCCCACUGCUCAGUUCUUACUGCUCUUCUGGCUUGGAUUACACAGCUUUGUUUCUAAGCCAGAAGGUAAGGCUUUGAAAAAAAAAAGACUUAAGGGCAGUUAUUAAAUUAGUCCUUUUUCUUUUCACUUAACUAAACACAAACCCAAUAUCUUUUCAUUGUUGUUCUGUUGUUUCAGUCAUAUCUGACUCUUCAUGACCCAAUUUAGGGUUUUCUUGGCAAAAGAUACUAGAGUGGUUUGCCAUUUCCUUCUCCAGCUCAUUUUACAGAUGAGGAAACUGAGGCAAACAGGGUCAAAUGACUUGCCCACAGUCACAUAGCUACUAAGUAGCUGCGGUGAGAUUUGAAUUCAUGAAAUGGGUCUUCCUUACUCAUUUCCUGGAGCUCUACCCACUAUACCACCUAAGGAUUACCUCUUGGUAUUUGGCAGGAAGUUACUCACAAGAUCCAGAGUGAACAAAGAAGGAUGACCAGAGCAAAUCAGAAGUUAAUCUUCUGACAGGGGAAUCUUUAGCUUGGAGAAAACAAGGGAUAAAUAAACUCCAGGGAAUUUAGAAUAGGACAACUAGGAUGGGGAAAGACUUUAAGUUCACACCAUAGGAGGGAGUAUUAAUCUCUCCUACUUUUUACCUGUGUGACUUUUGACUAGUCAUUUGAUAUUAAUGAGAAGCAAAAUGGAAAGGUUGCACUAGAUGGUAUCUGAGGUCCUACCACUAUAUCAGAAAGAAAUUCUUAAUCUGGGGUUAGGGACCCCAUGGAUAAAUUUCAAGGGGUCUAUGAAUUUGGAUAUGAAAUUAUUACACAUUUACUUUAUUUUUGUUUUUUGUUUUUUAAGUACUGAAGGUAACUUCAGUCUUAGAAUUGAUUCCAAGACAGAAGAGCAGUAAGAGGGAGGCAAUGGAGUUAAGUGGCUUGCCCAGGGUCACACAGCUAGGAAGUGUCUGGGGCCACAUUUGAACCCAGAACUUCCGGUCUCCAGACCUGGAUGUCUAUCCACUGAACCACCUAGCUGCCCCCUACACAUUUAUUUUUAAUAUAAUUGGACUCCUUUGCAAUCCUUCAUUUUAUCUAAUGCAUUUGAAAACAUUGUUUGAAGAAGGGGUAUUAGUUCCAAGUAUCCAAAGCUUCCCCAGAGGGUCCAGGACACAAAAAAGAGGAAGAAAUCUUGCUCUAGGUUUAUGGACUAGGAAUAUUUAGGUUAAAAGAGAGAAGAUUUAGGGAAGACUUGAUUAUUGUAUUUGAAGGGCUGAUGUAUGGGUGGAAAAUUUGACCCUUUUUUGCUUGGCCCCAGAAGUUAGAAUGUAGGACUAAAGAGUGGAAACUGCCAAGAGACAAAUUUAGAAUUAAUGUCACUAUAAAGAAAAAUUCUUUGACCCCUUAUAGUGGCUCAAGAGUGGUAUAGGCUGCCUCUUCCCAAGAGGCCAAGAAGGAAAGGUUUGAUGACCACCUAUCGGGCAUAUUGGAGUGCUGGCAGUUGGACCUUCUUGGCUCCAUUCCAACUCUGGCAUCUGUUAUUCUGUCAUCAUCUGGAAGUUUGGGGGGUUUGUUUUUUUCCAGGGAGUGGAGAGAUACAUUUGGAUUUGAUAGAAAAUUAAAUUCUUUGAGGAAGAUUUCUUACUUCCAGAAGUUAGCAACCCAGGUCCUUUUUGUUGUGUGGGAGAAAGUCUAAGGCAGCUUUGACUUUAGGGCUUUUUCUUCAUGAUCCUCAAACAACCAGCAUGUUCCUGAUGGUGUGAGAAUGGGGAAAGAGAAGACACCUACUCCUUUCCUGGCCCACCAUUUAUUUGAUUUCCCUGAUUGGGCCUUGGAUGAGAGGGCAUUUCUGGAAUCUGCCCUAUCUCCUCUUUCUUAGUGACACAUUCCACCAAAGAGCCUGAGACUCACAUGAAACAGAACCUUUUCUCAUCUCUAAAGAGAGUCUCAACCCUUUACUCCAAAGCUCUUGAAGGAUGGCAACAUUUCCAAGCCACGGAGCCUGAGAAAACAUUGGGAUAUUAAAUGUCUGUGGAAGGACAAAAUUAAAGGUAUUGUAGAAAGUUGAUUUGCUAAGUGAAGAGUGUGGUUUAGAAACAAAGAAGAGAAUAUGGUUCCUUAGACACAAGUACACUGGAUUAUUUAUAAGCUCUCAGAUCUCAUAUGCCUGUGUGUGUGUGUGUGUGUGUUUAAAAAUUUCUUUAAGUAAUCUACUGGGUCUGCACAUAAAGCAGCUUGUUUUCGAUGGUGUGCCUGCACUUAAUGUCCUUCAUUUUCCUAUUGAGAAAACCACUUAAGGAAAGGCCUUGUGUUGUCAACUGAGGUGAAAUUGCUGGAACUGCAACAUUGGGAACAGAUGUGAAAAUUCAGCAUGUUUUAUAAAUACCAGCCUGCGGAAAAACCGGGAAUCACAUAAUCCUGGAAUGGAAAAAAAAAAGAAACAAACAAAAAACUUGGCAAAGCCAGAAUAUUCCUUUGGGUCUUUCACAGUGGCUAGCACAGUGCCUUGCAUGAACUAGAAUAUGAAAACUCAAUAAAUCUCAACUCUUGUUUAAAAUCAGAUGAAAGACGAUCUCGGGGGAUGAGACUUUCUGUAUUCUUUAGGCUUACAAGCAAUGCACAAUCCUACACAUUGGCUCCAUGAGCCAAUCCAAGAGGUUAUUGAUGAUGAAAUGAAUCAAAUAUUGAAAUUGAAGGUAAAGGUUAAAAUCCCACUGUUAUGGAAAUAUUCAGUUGACUUAAAUCUCACAUUGGGAGUUCCAUUCAACGUUACUUACUACUGACGACUAUCUUGAAAAUUGUUGACGAUUUUCAGCACUGAUUAGACAAUAUGAGGGUUCUUCCCUUACAGCGUACCUGCAAAGAAUGUAUGAAUAUAUGCAGAAUUGUGCUUCUUUUUUUCACUUUCUUCUUGCUUUCCAGCUUUCCAAUUGUGUGCCAGAUUGCCAUAUGUUGUAAAACAGACUAACCUCCCUGUUAAUUUGAUUAAAAGUAGCUGAGCACUUGUGGAUUAGGAAUUGUCAGAUGCAAAGCGAAGAGGGCUCCCUGGCCCUCUCUGGUCAGCUGAAAGCCCUUUAAAGGCAGGGAUUUGGGGGUUUAUUUCUGCUUCUGAAAUGCCUGGUCGGUACAUAGUAGGUGCCUACUAAAUUCUGGUUGAAUUGACUUUGACAUUUCAGACUGAGAAGCAAAACUGAAUAUGGAGGAAGGAACCCUUAGAGCUUGAGUUUCUUUGCUCCUUCUGAAUGGAGCUCUUUUGAAUGGAAAGAGAAUUUAAAAACCAGACAGCAAGCAAAGCCAUUUAUUUAACCUCAGCCAAGGGGUAAAGGAUGCUUACUUCUCAGAGAGAAACCUCUUUGCUUUCUGGAAGAGUUUUAACCUUACAAUUCUGUUCAGGUGAUAUAUAAAUAUAGAUAGAGAAGCUAUUCCCAGGAGACACAAGGAAAAAAAUUCUUGUCAGAAAGAAGAAAGUCUGGCUUUUUAAGAGAGAUGAGUCAGACUGGAGAGAAAAAUGGAACUGGACAAACUUGUCAUUGUCAUUAAAGUGUUACCCGUCCCCAGCAAUAUGUGUUUGUUUGGUUUUUAAUUGGGGGAUGGCAUUGUAUUGGUCUAAAGAAACUUUAUUUUUCAAGUUUUUAAUAAAAAAAAUUGAAAAGCC